CUGCAUCUUGCUCUUGCCGCGUGCUGGUGUUGGAGGACCCUCCCUGCUUCAGAUUUACCAACAGCAUGAAUCAAGAAAAGUUAGCCAAACUUCAGGCUCAGGUCCGGAUAGGGGCCAAGGCUAUAGCUCGCAGAAAGAAGGUGGUACAUAGAACAGCUACAGCUGAUGAUAAAAAGCUUCAAAGUUCUCUUAAAAAACUGGCUGUGACCAGUAUAGCUGGUAUUGAAGAGGUGAACAUGAUUAAAGAUGAUCGGACUGUUAUUCAUUUCAACAAUCCCAAAGUCCGAGCUUCCCUCUCUGCUAACACCUUUGCAAUUACCGGUCAUGUAGAAGCUAAACCAAUUACAGAAAUGCUUCCCGGAAUAUUAAGUCAGCUUGGUGCUGACAGCUUAACAAGCCUUAGGAAGUUAGCUGAACAGUUCCCACAGCAAGUCUUGGAUAGCAAAGCACCAAAACCAGAAGACAUUGAUGAGGAAGAUGAUGACUUUCCAGAUCUUGUAGAAAACUUUGAUGAGGCAUCAAAGAAUGAAGCUAACUAAAAUUUUUCCUGAUUUUUAGAAGCUGGCGUAGACUACAUUUAACAAAUCAGCUAUGUGGUUCCAAAGUUUUACAGACACGGAGAACAUCAGCUGUUACUAGUUCAGUAAUAUAAAUAUUUUGUAUAUUAAUAAUGCUGUUUGUUCAGCAUUUUUCGGUCAUUUGAUUUUGCAUUUUGCAGUUCCAGGAUCUGUUCUUUUGGUCAAAAUAUGAAGUAUUGGUGGAGUUUGAGGGUGUUUAGGGGUUUUGAUUCUUGGGGGGGGGGGGUUUGUUAUUUUUUUUUGGUAGUUUUUUUUGGCCAAGGCCAGGUUUGAACCCGCCAUCUCCAGAAUAUGGGGCUGGUGCCCUACUCGUUGAGCCACAUGUGCUGCCCAGAUUCUUGGGUUUUUUGUUUUAUUUUUUGUUAGAGUACUUUUGGUGUAUGUAUGUGUAUGUAUGAGUGUCAGUAUGUGUAUAUACAGUGGAAAGCAAAUUGGAAAACAGUUCUAUUUAUCCUUCUCCCUUCCCCAGUAGAAAUAAAACAAAUCUUUACAUCUGUUACUUCCCCCCCCCCAAAAAAUACAUUGAAAUAAUGGAAAGUUGAGUAUCUUGGAUUUCACAUCUGAAGAGAUUUUACCAUUGUAGGUUUGGUUUUAAUUUGUUUAACUAUAAUAUUUUUCAUACAUUUCUCUGGGUUUAAAAUGUCUUGAGAUAUUUUGCCACCAGCUUCAUGCUGAAGUAAUGGGUAGCAUAUCUUUGGUGUGGUUGCCCAUAAGCAUUUCUUUUACUAGCUUUCUUCCUAAAUGCCUGUUUCCUUUUGGUCUUCAAAUGGCCUGGUCAGCCUUUGGUAACAUUCUUCCUCAUCUUCUACCUAGCUUGAGAAGGAUGUUCUCCAUAUAGAGUUAAGCGAGUGCCUAAUCUCAUUUUGUGAGAUAUUUGUUCCCUCAUCUUGAGAAACAUCAGCUUCAUCUUUAGCAUUUCCCACUUAUUUUAUGGUGUGGUAGAUUUCAAACUGGAAUAGCUAGCAUGUGCUUGCUAAAUAACUUUAUGCCGGCCUUACCCUGUAUCCUAGCUGUUCUUACUAGCAGGUGCAAAAAUGCCUCUUUUUCAGCAAGGUUGACAUUGGGAAUGUCCUUUUGAAUCAGAAGAAAACAGGCCAUAGUCUCAUCCCCGCAAUGGGCAUUCUGUGAAAUGAUACUGGCCCUCUAGGAGGAUUCCUCGACCACUCUCCUACUCUUGGCCAUGAACCUACGUCUGGGUUGGAUCCUGCUAUUGUAGCUGCUCACAAUACCCUCCUGCAUGCUUAGAAUAAUGUUUUGGGGGGAGCACUGAUAAAACACAGUAUUUAUUCUUUCACCGCCUUUCAGAGGACUUAGAGGUA